GCGACGCAACCGAACCGACCUGCCAGAGCGCGCGAACAAAAACCCCAAGCGCGCCGCCUCCCCCUUCCUCCCUCCCACCAAAUCAAAUCCCCCGCGAGCUUUCGAUUCUGGCAUCCAUCCCGAUCUCGAUCCCCACUCCCCAGCCCUAGCCCACCACCACAGCUCCGCGCGCGUUCCGCGAUCUCGAUCGAUUCGGCUCCUGCUCGCCCUCCCGCCCGAUCCAUGCUCCUCGAUCUGGCUCCUUCCACUCCCGCCGCGAUGGCGUCGGCGGCGGCGGAGGUGGAGGAGGAGGUGGAGGAGGAGCGGCCGUGGCCGCCGCCGAUGCGGAUGAAGCUGGCGCCCUACGCCAUGUACCGCGUGUUCGGCGCGGGCCCGGCCGGGGAGAAGCUCGGCUGCGCCUACGUCGCGCUCCACUUCGCGCUCUACGCGGCUAGGGCCCUCGCCCUCUCACCGGUCGCCGAGCGGGCCGCGUUCUGGUCCCCCGUCCACGCCGCGCUCCAGUGCCUCUGCUACGCCGCCACGGCGCUCGUCGCCUGCGCCUUCAUCCGCUGGUACAUGGCCGUCGACGGGGUCUACGUCGUCGAGUUCGAUCCGCCGCCGCAGCUGCUGGCGGAGCGUGCGGCCGCGGAGGCGGAGCAGCCCCCGUCUCCGCCUCCUCCGGCGAUGGACAUGUGCUAGACUGCUAGGGUUGGUCUGGCCCCGUACGGUAUGUGUUUCCUGGCCUGAAUUGUGUUCUCUAACCCGAUUGCAGGUGCUGCUUUCCUUGCUCGAGGUACGUGCUGUCCCCUUGUCCUGUCUUUGAUUCGACAUUUGUUACUGCACAGAGUCUUCGAUUGUCGUAUUGCUUGAUUGUGCUGCUACUGGCGUUAGCUCUUGAUGUGCAUUGCGUUUUCUCUAACUGAGAUCUGAAAUGUUGAGUUUUCAACUUUCAAGCAGAAAAGACCUGGAUUUUAGGUUCCACAUAUAGAUAUCUGCGUUGUAGAUGGCGAUUAUUAGAUGGUCUGGCACGGAUUGCUUUGCCUAUGGUAGAAUGCAUGGGUUUGUUUCCAUUUAGUGUGCUGUUUUGGGCUGUAGGGGUAUUCUGUUUUUAUUCGUGCAAGUUUUUUUUGGUCAAAAGAUGCUGAAUUACCGUAAUCAAAACCUGUUGGCAAAAAGCUGAAAUCAUUCUUAGUUUUCAGAAGAAAAUAGUUUUAACAAAAUGUUAGCUAGCAAACCACCCUCUACACGAGAAAAUUUUCUUUUUCAAAUUGCCUUACUAAACUGUUAAAUUCAUCUAUUGGUAAAAUAACAUCUUGGGUCGCGCUGUGGCAUGGGUGUGGUGUCAUACUGUGGAAAGUUACAACUAACAAUAAUGUGGACCAGCUCACUAUAUUUGAUUUCUUAAUGCUUACUUGCUCAGUUCUCGUUGACAGAUAGCAAUUAUGAUUAUCUUUAUUUUUUGUGGAAUACAUUCUUGUCAUAAUUCAUUGCACAGGCAUGAAACAGUAGUCAUGAUUAUCAUACUUUGCUAGCCAUUGUUUUUCUAACCCAUGUUUGAAGUUUAUGCUUACUGCAGAUUUUGUCUCCUUUGUUCCAGGGUCUUCGCCAUUGCAGUGCAACAGAGGUGACGAUCUGGCUUGACCAGCUAAGGCGAGUGCACUAUGAAGACGUGAAGCCAAGCCUGGAACAUAUCAAGUGAUGAUUGCCAUUGCAGUGCAACAGAGGUGACGAUCUCGCUUCACCAGCUAAAAGGCAGGUGCACUGCGAAGUCGUGAAGCGAAGCCUGGAGGAACGGUAUCAAGUGAUGAUCACCAUUGCAGUGCAACAGAGGUGACGAUCUGGCUUCACCAGCUAAGGCGAGUGCACUACGAAGUCGUGACGCCAAGCCUGGAACGUAUCAAGUGAUGACGUACUGCGUGAUUCAGACACCAGCAAAGUCAAGCCGGCAGGAGGGCGUUGAGGUUUUUCUUUUAAAGGACGGCAUCAAGAAGCGGGCUGGCGAAGAAAUGGGACGAUGAAAGGACUCCGGUGGGCUGCAAACAAAGGGGGAGUCACAUGUGAAUGCGAAGAUGCAAUCACACGUGGAGGCAGUGGAUUUCAUCACGUGUAAAGCAGUCUGAACGUGAAGGUGUAAUGAGAUCACUGACCUUAAAUAUUCUUCAAAUAGAGUUGUUGAGUUGUACCGUCCUAUAAA